GCGAAUACUCAGGCGUCGCGCCAUCCUCGCACAGCUCGUACUAGUCCGCUGCGAGUGGUGGGGCCAAUCUCGAUAUCACAACUUCAGUGCAGCUUGAGCCAUCGACGAGCGACAUAGCCAUUUGCCACACUUACACUAACACCAAAUACACAGUUGCCGAUUUUCGAUUCCGACGUCGAAGCAUUUCCAAGCGUCGCGCGCGUCCACAGUGCGAGAUUUAAAUUUAAAAAAAGUGACAGUGUUUCUAUUCUUUUCGGGAUAUGUCUGUGUGCUCUAAUUAGUGAUGUGAUGUACAGAAAAGGAUUCGUGAGGAUUUUAAAUUACUGGAAACAUGAGGCGGCUCCGCAUUAUCUUAUAUUGGCACCUCGAUAUCAGAUAUCACCACAGUACGGACACUGGCUCUUAAACACACCAUAAGCCAAAUUCGAAACCAAUCUAGACAUGUACCAAAAAUGUGUAUGUUUUCUAUUUCUAGUGAUCCUAGUGGUUUUAAGUUGUUCAGGUUUCCACAUAGAUAACCUCGCCAUGGCCGAUUUAUCUAAAAAAAGUUUCCGUACCUCAACUCAUACUUAUUCGAAUACAGAUGAAAAGAACAGUUACGUGCAAAGACCUCACAAAAUCCGGCACCAUAGGCUAUGGAGAACUCAAGUGCACAACCGACACCCCAAACCCCAUAUCGACAUGUUUGUAUAUCCCCCACCACCACAUUUUUCCUCAAAACCCAACCCCACAACAAACAUAUUUCCACCCUCCGGCGAAUCCAACACCGGCGAAAUUUCAUAUUCCAAAUAUAGCAAUAGCAACCCUAUCCUACCCCAUCGAGACGCAAUUCACCCUAGACUAGGAGAAUUCAAACUACCUUGGUUCCGCGCAGACUCAGCGUCAAGUGAAGUCAAGGAAAACUCCUCGCAAACUUCACCGACAACCUUCCCCAACGAAAACCUAGCACAGAUCCCCCCGACUGACUUCGCCCCUGUCAAAUUCAUAGUGUCUCGGGCGCAAAGAUCUCCAUCUCCAGAUCGCAAAAAAAUCCAGAACAGGCGUAGGAAUAGAUGGACUAUGAAGCAAUCUGAAGACAUCUUCACCAAGGCUUACAAAGCCAAGUUCGUGGUUCUAGCGGAGGUCGAAUCUAAGCCAUACAAAAAUGAGUCUAACGGGUCGUGUAACUAUUACGUGAAAGUGAUCAAGGACUUCAAGGAUAACGCAGCGAAUUAUUUCGGGUCGGUGAACAAACAUCUGCGGAAAAUGUUGAAUACCAAGUGCGAACUAGUCAAAGAGAUGACGACUUCUAAGAAGUACGUCUUGAUGCUGAAUGAGUCUUUCGAGUUGGUGGAUAAGCCGAAGCCGAAGGAAAAGCUGAGGCAGGCGAUGAGGAAGAAAAUCAGCAGGGUCUGCAAGCAUGGGUUUGUGCCAAAGAAACCACGCAUACUCGACAUAAAAGAAGUUUCGCCGAAAUCGCGAAGAAAAAUAGAAUUGAGAAAUCGAAUACUCAUUUGUACUGUACAAGGGUUUCCCCUGCCGAAGAUAACGUGGAGGCGGAAAAACCAAGAACUGCAUCAUAGCAGGGCUUAUAAUGUGCUGUAUAAAAGGAGGCAGAGCAAGUUAGUGAUCAAAAAACCUGAUGCAGAGUAUCUGGGCCAGUACGAAUGUGUAGCUGAGACGGUGAACGGAGUGAAGACCUCAAAAAACUUCACACUUUUGCCUCAACCUAGUGAGAGCUUUUCUAGCGAUAAAAAAUGUUCAGAAUCCUAUGACAAAAAUUUUUGCCAAAACGGGGGAACAUGCUUCCAUGAAGCAUCGAUGAACUACUAUGGGUGUUUUUGUCCAGACAAUUAUAGCGGAGAAAAAUGCGAAGUGAAAAAGCCCAGCAACACUAGUAUGUAUCCCCAACCAGAUUUAUACGCUUGUAAUUUAGGCCUAUCAACAAAAUACAAUUGUUAGACAAAAUUUAUAAAAAAAUUGAAUCGAGUGAUGGACUUUUUUCGAAAAGACGAAUGGGAAAAUUGUAUAAAUUUGUUACCGAUGUACAUAUACGAUUGUGUAUAUUUGUAAACUAUCCUAAUUGUAUAAGACUGUUUUAAAAAUGAAGAAGAAGAGUUGAGACAGAUAUGGUUCAAAGCCAGUACAGUCAUUUAUAUAAGACUAGCUUUUACCAGCUUCUAAUGCUAUGUGUACUAAUACCCCGUAGGUAGAAGAGACAAUUUUUUUCUACAUUCGUAACACAAACGUCAAAUAUUGUACAAAUAAAAAAUCCAGACUUUUGGUCAAAUAUUUAUUUAUAGAUGUCGGUUUUUAUAUUUUAUGACAAAUUAAAGUAAAAUAAAUACACACACAAUCAUUUUGCUACGUAUUUUCCCCUUUCCAGCGCUCUUGACUGUGGAAUCUCGAGUUAGAUCGCGUCGGAUUAGACUGGGAUAGAUGGUUAUAUAAAAUUGAAGUGCUACUCUCACGGCGGUGGUUAAACGAAAACUGGCCUAUGCCAGUACAGGACUGAUAGAUUUCGUAUAAGAAUCUCUAAGUAUCUCUUAAUGGCACAAUCUGGAGGAACAAACACCUAAGACAAGACACAAAAGUAAGAAUAUAUAAAGCAGCAAUUAGACCUAUAUUGACAUACACGACGGAGACAAGACCUGACAGAUCUAAAACGAGACGACUACUAGAAACAAAAGAGAUGAAAAUACUUCGACGAACAUCAGUGAAAAGUCUGUUGGAUAGGGAGAGAAGCGAAAACAUAAGAAGAUCAUGCAAUGUAGAAGACAUAAAUGGAUGGGUGACAAAACGAAAACAGGAGUGGAACGAACACAUUAGUAGAAAGGCAGGGGAUAGGAUAGUACGAAUAGCAGGAGAUAAGUUAGUAAAUGGACGAAGAAGUAUUGGCAGACCAAGAAAAAGAUGGUGCGAUAAUUUAAACAAUUUAGGAGGGUAAUAUAGUAGAAUAAUCAGGCUUUAAAACCUGCAUACAAGAAAGAAGAAGAAGAAGAAGAAGAUCUCUAAGUAUAUUAGGGCGGUGAUGCCCUAAGAGGUCAGAUGGUACUUUUAUGAAAGGUAUAAAAAGAUAUAGAUAAAGAAGAGUCUAACCAAAGCAAACAACAAACAAAGAUCUUUCAGAGCAUAGUGCUGAAUAUUACUCCAUGGAGUAGGAAUAUCGCCAAUGACAACAUCGAUACGAAAUAAAAUAAAAACUGUCAAAUUCGACUUGAUUUCUACAAACCACUAGACAGGAUAGAAUAAGAGCAGAUGGAAUAUGGAACAGAAUGGAAGUAGAAAGCUCAAUUACAAAAAAGUUGAAAAAUAGAGCCCUGCAGUGAUACGGGCAUGUACAAAGAAUGCCAGAACACACGUGGCGAAAAGAAUAUUGGUCAGUUCAUAUUCGAUAAAACUAUUAAGUGAUUAUGUUAAGAAAUAACCGUAACUAGAUAGAUGUAUUGGCACUCGAUAAGGAUCAGAAGAAGAAAUAAGGGGAAUAUUAUGUGUAAAAUAGAUCAGCAUAGUUAUUAAAGAAAAAAUGAAAAGUUUUGGGAAAUAAUUAAAAAGCAUGUAGGAAAAGAAAGACAUAUAUGGCCUUCGUCAUGGCCAUAUAUGGCUUUUAUGAUGGACAUAUACGGCCUUUGUCGUUUUUCAAAUUAUUUCCAUGUCAUACAAGCUGGGGAUAGUUUUUGCUUACUGAUUUAAUUGUUACUUGUCAUACCAGUAAUCAAGUAAAUUUUUCCACGUCUUGUAUAACUGUGCCUCUCACUUAUGUUGUUAUUUUGUCUUUUCCUUCGCUCAGGAAAUCGAUUCCUCUGCGAAUAACUGUUGAAAUUUUAUUCGAAAACAACAAAAAAUAUAGAGGUACCUAUUAUUUAUUAUUUAUUUAUUUUUUCAAUACUGUACGUAGACAUUGUUGUUAUUAAAAUCUAUGAAUACAAAUAGAAAAUAAAAAUAAGGUAAAGUAAAAUAUUUAUAAUUACCAGGUAUUUUCAAAAAAUACCUAUAGCUAGAACAGCUUUAAAAUUCCAAGGGGGACAGUCAAAAAGUGCUUAGAAGCUGGUAGAAACAACUUAUCAAAUAUCAGGGACCGAUAUUUUACAAUUUUGUAUAAAGUCUUGUAGAUAUAUUAUUUAUUUAUUACAUCUUUUACUCACAACAAAGAUAAUGAUCAGAGAAUCUUAUAACAAAACCUAAGAUAGCUGUAAAAUUAAUAAUAAAAUAAAAAUAUAAAAAACAAUAAUAAAAA